AAAGUGGAUUGAAGCUUUGUUAAGGGUCCCGAUAAAAUUGCAUUUGUGACGCGUGAUUUUUCCAAGUCCACAUGAAUACAGCAAUAAACUCAAAAAACAAGUUUUGAAUAAAAUGCUAUCAGUUGAAAGCGGAACGAAAAGCUCCCACACUGCCACUGCCGGAACGUAUCAGUGUAACACUCGGCGGAAGUAAAUACAAGCCACCCAUGCCGACAGUGCUGAAGUUGCAGUACAGCUAAUAACUUCAUUUGUGAUUUAACUAUAAUGUCUUCAGCUGAAUAUUUGAGGCAGUUUGUCAACGAGCGACUAACAGCUGCUGCUGAAGAAAUAUUCGGAGUUUUUGCAAAAUCUAUCAUCGAGUACGAGGAAGAGCUCGACCGUCAGCGUAGACUGUUGGAUAUCGUCUUGAAACCUGAAAUAAACUUACACAGGAUAGAGCUCCCACAGCAACAUGUCUGUAAGGAGGAGGAGGGUCUCUCUGACCAGCAGCAGCUCUGUAUUCAGGAGAGGAGCUCCAGUCUGGACCAAGAGGACCCAGAUCCUCUACAGGUUAAAGAGGAACAGGAGGAACCGUGCACCAGUCAGGAGGGAGAGCAGCUUGUACUGAAGCAGGAGACUGAAAUCUUCAUGUUGACUUCUACUUAUGAGGAGAGUGACCACAGUGAUGAUCAGACUCUGGACUUGAGUAUUGGUGAAAGCCAAUGUGUAGAGGAGGAGCUUAAAGACUCUGGAUCAACUGCAGCGACAGAACCAAACAAGAGAUGUCACAAGAGCAGAAGUCACAGUAACAAUGUAGACGAUGCUGACCUGUCAGAGAGUCUCUGUUAUACUCAAACAGGUAAAAAGUCUUUCAUAUGUGACACAUGUGGAAAAGAUUGUAAGUUCAAGUCACUCUUGCAGAGACACAUGAGAACCCACACAGGUGAGAAGCCCUUCCUUUGCAAGACCUGCGGGAAAAGAUUCAGUGAUUCUUCAUCAUUUAUAAGGCAUGUGAGAAUCCACACAGGUGAGAAGCCGUAUUCUUGUACAAGGUGUGGGAAAGAUUUUAGACUAUGCCAGGAUUUGAAAGUUCACAUGAGGACUCACACAGGUGAGCAGCCGUAUCCUUGUAAAACAUGUGGGAGAUAUUUCAGAAAUGCCUAUGAUUUAAAAGUUCACAGCAGAACCCACACGGGUGGGAGGCCGUAUGUUUGUAUUACAUGUGAGAAAGAUUUCAAACGGAAAGAUGAAUUGAAUAGCCACAUGAGAACCCACACAGGUAAGCUGUCACUUUGCAAAGACGUAUAAGAGUGCAUGCAGAAAGGUAGUUUAAUAUUUAAAUUAGGGAUGCUAUCUUGGAUUUUUUCCCCCCAACUGAUAGCCGACACAAAUAUGCCAUUUGCACAGCAAUCUUAAAUACAUUAUCGCUAGACACUAUAUGAAUUGCCUUAACAGCAACCCAUCCACAUUACAAGCCUUUGGCAUUGACAGUAUCCCAUGCUACAAACAAAAAGGUGACAAACAAAAAACACACUGAGGAAUGCUUUUGCAUGGACAAGUCACAGGCUGACAAAUACCCAGACCUUAACGGGGGCAGAGAUUCACUGUUUUUUGUAAACAUUCAUAGUUUGUUUGUUUUUUUAAACAUUUGCGCUGUAACAUUUGCUAUUGUUUGUAUUCUCUAUCAUGCUUUUUAAUUCACCUGUUAAUGGAUAUUUUGGGUCAAACCACUCUAUCUACUGGAGAUUUCAUUCAUCUACCCCUCUGAGUCAUAUCUAUGGAAGAGGAUGGGGGACAGAUAGGAGAAAAAAAAUGAUGAGAGGAGGAUUUUUUUUCAUUAUGCUGUUUGAAAAAAAAAAUGUCCAAUUGAUGAGAAUAAAGUUGAAAUACAAUUACGAGACAAAAGUCGAAAUUUUAUUUUGUGUUCUGUAAAGUUGGAAAGUUAUUCAGAGAUUGGUUCUUCCCAUGUCAAUAAGUCAUCAGAGGGACAUUGUUUCAAAGAAACGGCAAAUCUAUCUGAACAGUUAGGGAGACUGCAAGCUAUAACCUGAUUUUCAUCAGUCAUAAAAUGAGCAAUAACUACAAAAGUGUAUCACUGCCACACUAAAAAAGGCUUAGUAUCACAUAAUUACGUGAAACCAUCACAAUUAUAAUGUGAUAAAUAUCAGUAGCCUAGUGUUAGACUCAGUUUCUCUGUGUGAUAUGUCUUAUUUUAGUGUAUCAUAUAGCUCAAGUAUCAGGGAUCAUUCACUCAUUUGGAUGUUUCUCUGUAAGGAAACGAAUAACAGAGUUUUCACGUAAGUAAGUGAUACUGAGCCUUUUUUUGUGUGUGUGUGGCAGCAAUGCGUUUCCAUAAAUCACAAUAUUUAUAGUACUAAAAUCCAUAAAAUACAUACAUGAGCCAAUCUUGGUAGAAGGUUACAACUAUUAUUUUGGGAAAAUCUGCAUUUAUGUAAUUAAUGUGAUUUUUUUAGCUAUAUAGUAGACAUAUUGAGGAAUAUCAGGUCUUAGCUUGCAGUCUAACAAACUCAAAAAGUUGACUUUGUUCACAACAUUUUGACUUUUAUCUCAAAGUGUGUAAUUUUUUUUUUUUUUUUUUUUACUUAUCCUCUCUUUUUUUUCCCCUCCUGCCUGGCCCUAAUCCUCUUCUGUACCACAACACUAUGUCCAAGCAGAAUAUUCCUAUUUGUGAAAUGCCACUAUAUAAGGGUCAAGUUUGCUUUUAGGUCUUAAAUGACUUUGUCAUUAUAAUAAAGGCAUUUUAAUGGUUUAAAAGGG